AUGGGCAAGAAGGCGAAGUCGACGUCCUUCAAGGGCCAGCGCGUGACGCCCGCGGGGAAGCGCUUCCUCGAGGACCGGGCGCCGAAGCUGCGGGAGAACCCGAAGAAGCUGCUGGCGCUCCGGGGCUCGAAGACGAGCGAGCGCACGUCGUCGGCGCUCCAGACGCUCGCCGCGCUCAAGAGCCCCUUCUGCAAGGCGCUGAGCCGGCGCCGCGAGGACCUCCGGCCGUUCGAGGACGCGACGGCGGUCGAGGGCCUCGCGGCGCGGCACGACUGCUCCCUCUUCGUCGUCGGGAGCCACAGCAAGAAGCGGCCCCACAACCUCGUCUUCGGGCGCACGCACGACGGCCACCUGCUCGACAUGUUCGAGUUCGGCGUCGUCGAGGCCGGCGGUGGCCACGGCUACGCGAAGCUCGUGGGCAGCAAGCCCCUGCUGAGCUUCGUCGGCGAGUGGGACGACUGCGACGAGACGAAGCGCUGCAAGAACUUCCUCUGCGACCUGCUCCGGGGCGCGGACGUCGACGACGUGAACCUGGCGGGUUUAGACCACGUGCUCGCGAGCGGCACGACGGUCCCCGCGGCGAACCUCGACCCCUCGGGCCCGCCGCUCGUCCUCGAGCUCCGGCGCGACCACAAGCCGUCGCUCGAGCUCUGGAAGGUCGCGCUCAAGCAGCCCAAGGAGCUCAAGCCCAAGAAGAAGAAGAACAUCAAGACGACGGACCUCGGCGACACCGUCGGCCGCAUCCACCUCGGCAAGCAGAACACGGCCGAGAUCCAGACCCGCAAGGUCAAGGCGCUCAAGCAGCGCCACGACGACGACGACGACGGCGACGACGACGACGACGACGACGACAUGGAGAGCGACGACGAGUAG